UAAGCAUUUUCCCCAACUUGAUCCAGGUAUUUCUAUCGAAGGCCACGUGCAUUUUGUGCCACCUUUUUUCCAACCAGACCUUGGAAAUUUUCCACUCUUCCUUGCAUCAUUAUAGAAAAGGAAGAGGCAGCCUCUGAAUGCGGGUAUUGCACUGAUUCAGUGAGGCAGGAAAGUACAGAAGAGGUCUUCGAUUGUGCUUGAGAUUAAAAAUACACUUUUAAAAAUCCGAUAAUUGUUCCCGCCGGGUGGAAAAACUUUUCUGACACUGUGUCACUAUUGUGUAUGGGCUCCCCUGUUUCCUCCUACAUGCCUCAAAGACAUGAAACGACCUCACUCCUGGCCGGUGUGGUGGAGGGGAGGAAAGAGGGAAAGAAAUUCUCUUUAAUUGGCUGAGUCACAUGCGUGACGGCGGCUUUUGUUUUGUCCCUUUCGAAUUUCCGUCCUUCCUCCUUUUUGACGCGGCGAAGGGAAAAGAGCGUCCUCUUACGUUGUACGGGCUAACACGACGUCUUCGCUGAUUGGAUCCUCUCCCACGAGGCCCCUCUGGUGAUUGGUCGAGACGCGCGCGGCUGCUUUCGUCCCCCAAGCGAGCUUCGGAGGGGUGGACGCGGGACAAGAAAUGAGGACGGUUCGGGUUGCUAUAGCUGCGGGGAAGAGGCCGAGGAGGUGAGGAAGCGGAAACGGCCGAAGCGAACCCGGACAAGCAAAGCAUUGUGGAUAAACACCCACCAUGAAUUUUGAAGGUCUUGAUCCAGCCCUUGCAGAAUAUGUUCCUUCCCUACAUCCUGCCCUAGAUCCACACCUCAACCCAAGCCUGUUACAGAAUGUGGAGCUGGAUCCAGAGGGGGUCCCUCUGGAAGGCAUCGCUGUGCCUGACUCAGUGCAUAUCAUGGAGGGCAUGUAUUCUGAACUCCACACUGUUGUUUCAGAAGUGGGCGUACCUGUUUCCUUCUCCCACUUUGACCUACAUGAAGAAAUGCUCUGGGUGGGAAACCAUGGAGGUCAUGCCACUUCUUUCUUUGGUCCAGCCCUGGAACGAUAUUCUUCCUUCCAGGUACACAGUAGUGAUGACAUUCGACAGAUCCAAAGCCUGGAAAAUGGUGUUCUCUUUCUAACCAAAAACAACCUAAAAUACAUGUCAAGAGGUGGGCUCAUAAUCUUUGAUUACCUCAUGGAUGAAAAUGAGGACAUGCACAGCCUUUUACUGACUGAUCCUGGCACUUUGCUUGUUGGAGGCCUAACCAGCCAUGUGAUUGAAAUAGACCUCAACACAGUGCAGGAAACCCAGAAGUAUUCGGUGGAAAUUCCUGGAGUUACAAUUAUGAGGCAGUCCAACCGUUUCUUCUUUUGUGGUCACACAUCAGGAAAGGUUUCCCUGCGUGAUCUCCGCACUUUUGCUGUAGAACACGAGUUUGAUGCCUACUCAGGCAGUUUGUCUGAUUUUGAUGUCCAUGGCAAUCUGUUGGUGACGUGUGGCUUCUCCAGUCGAAUGAACGGCCUAGCUUGUGAUCGUUUCCUCAAGGUGUACGAUUUGCGCAUGCUGCGAGCCAUUACACCCCUGCAGGUCCAUAUUGAUCCUCUGUUUCUUAAGUUUAUUCCUACCUACACAUCUCGCCUGGCCAUCAUCUCCCAGACAGGUCAAUGUCAGUUCUGUGAACCUACGGGAUUAGCCAAUCCUGCUGACAUAUUUCAUGUUAAUACAGUGGGACAGCUAAUAAUGAGCUUUGAUGUGUCAUCCAGCAAACAAGCUAUGGUUUUUGGAGACUCGGAAGGCUGUGUCCACUUGUGGGCUGAUUCACCUGAGAUCACCUUCAACGCCUACUCCCGGGAAACUGACUUUGCCUUACCUUGCAUUGUGGAUACCUUGCCCCACCUUGACUGGAACCAAGAUCUCAUGCCCUUGUCACUUAUACCUGUACCUCUGACCACUGAGUCGUUGCUGUCUGACUGGCCUGCGGCCACUUCUAUCCCGGCACCCAGACGAGCUCCACCUGUUGAUCCAGAUAUCCUUCGGACCAUGAAGAAAGUUGGCUUCAUUGGAUAUGCUCCAAACCCUAGGACCAAGCUCCGGAAUCAGAUUCCCUACCGAUUAAAGGAGCUUGACAACGAAUUUGAUAAUUUCAGUCAAGUCCCUGAAUCCCCCAUAGGAAGAGAAGAGGAACCGCGGAUCUAUAUGGUGGCAAAGAAAUACAGGAAGGUCACAAUAAAAUAUUCCAAGCUGGGCCUGGAAGAUUUUGACUUCAAACAUUACAAUAAGACCCUCUUUGCUGGUCUUGAGCCCCACAUUCCAAACGCUUACUGCAAUUGCAUGAUCCAGGUUCUUUAUUUCUUAGAGCCUGUGCGCUGUUUGGUCCAGAAUCAUUUAUGCCAGAAGGAAUUCUGCCUCAGCUGUGAGCUGGGUUUUUUAUUCCACAUGCUGGAUUUGUCCAGGGGAGACCCUUGUCAGGGGAGUAAUUUUCUGCGUGCCUUCCGCACCAUCCCGGAAGCGGCUGCUUUGGGAUUGAUCUUGGCUGAUUCGGAUGAAGCUACAGGGAAGGUGAACUUAGGUCGGUUGAUUCAAAGUUGGAACAGAUUCAUUCUGACCCAGCUCCACCAGGAGACUCAAGAGCAGGAAGGCCCUCAGGCUUACCGAGGCAUUGGGUGCAGCAACUUUGGAUCUUCUGGAGACUCAGUCAUUGGGCAACUUUUCAGCUGUGAAGUGGAGAAUUGCAGUAUGUGCCGCUGUGGCAAAGAGACAGUCCGAGUCUCUUCUACCCUCCUCUUUACUCUCUCUUAUCCUGAGAACAAUGAUAAAAUAAUGGAUUAUGAAUUUGCCCAGAUGUUAAAAAGAAGCAUUUGUCUGGAACAGAACACUCAGGCCUGGUGUGAGAACUGCGAGAAAUACCAACCCACAGUCCAGACCCGCAACAUCCGCUGUCUGCCAGAUGUGUUAGUCAUUAACUGUGAAGUCAACAGCUCCAAGGAAGCUGAAUUUUGGAAGGUGCAAGCUGAGUAUGCUUUUAAGAAGAAGAUGAUGAAGAAGGGUUGCCUGGAAUUCCCCAAAAGUAGAGAAAUAGCGGUUGGAGAAUGGAAUGAGUUAGGAAUGGCUGAGGGGGGACACUCUUACACCUCCAUUGAAGAACUAAAGAACAUCUGGAUUCCUUAUUCCAUCAAGAUGAAGCUCUCCAAGAACAAGGAAUUGGAGGUUUACAACUGGGAUGAAAGCAGUGAAUUGGGCAUGUUGGAGGAUCAAGAAUCUACGUACGUCUAUGACCUCAUGGCAACAGUUGUACAUAUUCUGGAUUCCCGGACUGGGGGCAGCCUUGUGGGGCAUAUCAAAGUUGGAGAGACCUACCAUCAAAGAAAGGAGGGUGUCACACACCAGCAAUGGUAUCUUUUUAAUGACUUUCUCAUUGAACCUGUGGAUAAGUGUGAGGCUGUACAAUUUGACAUGACCUGGAAAGUGCCUGCGAUCCUUUAUUAUGUGCGGAGGAACCUCCACUCCAAGUUCAAUUUACACAUCAAGAACCCGAUUGAAGCCAGCGUGUUGCUUGCUGAGGCUUCCCUCGCUCGCAAACAGCGCAAAUGUCACGCCACUUUCAUCCCCCUCAUGCUGAGCGAAAUGCCACAGGUUGGAGACUUGGUGGGAUUGGAUGCUGAGUUUGUGACCCUCAAUGAGGAGGAAGCCGAGCUUCGCAGUGACGGGACCAAAUCCACGAUCAAACCCAGUCAGAUGUCAGUGGCCAGGAUCACCUGUGUCCGAGGGCAGGGUCCCAAUGAGGGUGUUCCUUUCAUUGAUGAUUACAUUUCCACACAAGAACAGGUGGUGGAUUAUCUUACUCAGUACUCGGGAAUAAAGCCAGGAGAUCUGGAUGCCAAAAUUUCAUCCAAACAUCUCACAACCCUCAAAUCCACCUAUUUAAAGCUACGCUUCCUUAUAGAUGUUGGAGUCAAGUUUGUGGGCCAUGGAUUGCAAAAAGACUUCCGGGUUAUCAAUAUCAUGGUUCCCAGAGAUCAAGUAAUCGACACAGUGUAUUUGUUCCACAUGCCCAGGAAGAGGAUGAUCUCCCUGCGCUUCCUUGCCUGGUAUUUUUUGGACCUGAAAAUUCAAGGAGAGACUCACGACAGCAUUGAAGAUGCACGAACAGCACUUCAGCUGUACCGGAAAUACAUGGAACUGAGCACUGGAGGCUUGGAACCUGAGGAGUUCCGGAAGGUGCUGAAGGGCCUCUACGAAAAAGGGAGAAAAAUGGACUGGAAGGUCCCUGAACCUGAUGGCCAGAGCAGCCCCAAGAGUGCUGCAGUGUUCUCAAGUGUGUUGUCUCUCUGAUCCACGUAACCCUAUCAUUUCCAAUGUCCCUUGAGAAGAGGACCCUUCCAAGCCUGCUCCCCGGAAUAUGGAUAUCAAUGGACUGAAAGAUAGUGUGGGUGUAUAAGACAGGAAGGCAUUAUAAUUAAUGCCUAGUCAACAUGAAUUUCAGGGUUCAGAGGAUUUCUUUUGGGUUUCCCAAUAAGUCUCUUGGAUCUCAGGUCACAUUUUAAACCACCAUGGCCAAGAGAGUACAUGAGAUAGUUUUGGUGCAGGCCACAGAGGAUCACAGACUGCGUGCAUUCACAGAGUAGAUACAUGGUGCAGCAUCUAUUAGGUGCUUAGGGAUAGGCUGUUCUUGAUCAAAAGAUGGAGAGAAGCAACUGAUGAAGUGUUUCAAGAUUCUUUCUACAGGUGUCAAUGUUGUUAGUAGAGCUUGUAGGAGGCACCUGUGCUCUCUUCUAGCUGGGAGUUGCUCCUAAAAAAAUCCAGAGCUGGACUCUUAUUGUCAUGGAGGCUUCAUGGCUUUUUAAUCUUUUCUGUAUGUAAAUUGUGAUCAAGGUUACAUAAAGACUCUAUAAAAAUGUUGGUGCUUCUAAUGCUA